UUCACCCCUGACAGUUGACAGAUCAUAUUAUUUUACUGAGCGCACUUCACAUUGCUUGUUUAUUUUUUUCACAGUUGUGUGUCAUUCACCUACUUUUACCGGGUCGAUUUAAACGUGUAUUUUUAAUAUAAAAAUGAGACCGAAAUCUGGCUUGACACGAUUCCAUAAUUGUUACAUUUUACGCAAUAAUAAAAUUGUUAAGGAAGACCUUUGGAUUCGAGAUGGUAAAAUCGAAAAUCCUGAAGAAAUAUUUUACGUCGAACAAUUGGAAGCAGAUGUAACUGUAAAUUGCGAGGACAUGCUCAUUGCUCCUGGGUUCAUUGACAUUCAGAUAAAUGGUGGUUGGGGGAUUGACUUUUCUUAUGACUGUGAAAAUGUUGAACAAGGCAUUUUAAAAGUAGCAAAGAAUCUAUUAAAGCAUGGGGUGACUUCAUUCUGUCCUACAAUGGUGACAUCCGAUGUAGAAAAGUAUCGCAAGAUAUUGCCUAAGAUUAAAAAACGACAAGGAGAUAAGUAUGGUGCGACAGUACUUGGAGUUCAUUUAGAGGGGCCUUUUAUAAGUGUUACUAAAAAGGGAGCUCACAUGGAAGAAUACAUAAGAACACCAGACAAUGGCUUGGAAACAGUUCGGGAGGUGUAUGGAUCAUUAGAUAAUGUCGUGAUAGUCACACUAGCUCCAGAAUUGCCUGGAGCGACUGAAGCUAUCAAAGGUCUUACCAGCAUUGGUAUUAAAGUAGCCCUUGGACAUUCCAUUGCAAGUUUGGCUGAAGGUGAAAAAGCGGUCGAAAGCGGAGCGAACAUAAUCACACACUUGUUUAAUGCAAUGUUACCAUUUCAUCAUCGCGACCCUGGUUUAGUUGGUCUGUUAGCAUCGUUAACCAAAAAACAAGUCUAUUACGGGCUCAUUGCUGAUGGUAUUCAUACUCAUCCAGCGGCACUGAGAAUAGCAUGCAGAACAAAUUCUGAAGGCUUAGUACUUGUAAGUGACGCUGUGCCAGCCCAGGGCUUGCCAGAUGGGCAAUUCCGGAUUGGACCGCAAUUGAUAACUGUGGAGGAUGGCCGCGCUUACGUCACAGGCACCAAAACCCUCUGCGGGAGUACCACGGCGCUCGAUACGUGCAUACUUAAAUUCAAGGAGUCUAUAGAUUGUUCAUUGGAAUACGCAUUAGAGGCAGCGUCGUUACACCCUGCCAAAGCUUUAGGUAUAGAGCAUAUAAAAGGGAAUCUAAAUUUCAGAUGCGAUGCCGAUUUUGUCAUACUUCACCCAAAGACAUUAAAAGUUCAAUCUACUUGGAUAGCUGGAGAAUGCGUUUUCGACAGCAAAAAUGAAUAAUGUGAUUUUACUAAAAUACAAAUACGGUGAUAUAAUUUAAAUUUUGUUAAAGUAUAAAAAAUGUGAUAUAAAAACACGACAAAUUACUUAUUCCAGAGUUAAGUUAUAAUGUUAUUAAAAGUGCACUUAAUUAAUCAUUCCGUUCCCGUAUUCUUCCUUACAUUUAUAUUUAAUAAAGAUUUUAUAUUGUUCUCUCGCUGUAUUACGUAUAUCUAUAAUCUUCUGAAGUAUCUAGACGCACUAUGCAACCGUUUCCCGGUCUCCUUCCUUCUAGAUUGGCGAUAGGAAGAACUUUUCCCGCCCUAUUCUCAUAGGACAUUUUAUAUUUUAAACGGAGCAUAUUAAAUAUGAGUUUAUGUAAUGCAUUUCAUUUGUAUCCAUUUUGACACUGUUUACACCUAACUUGGGAGUCCCAAGUUUCACCACAAGACAAGAUAUUUAUUCAUUAAGAAAUAAAGAUAUUCCUUAAAUAUAAGUAGGUAAGUAUAUAAAGUGAUACUCGUGGCCUAGCCCGUGUGAUUUACUUUUUCCGGAUCAAAAGUCCCAUCGACCUACUUUUACGAUAUGUUAAAUCAGGACAAUACCCUCUAUGUGGCGAAUUUCAUCUAAAACAAACAUCCAAACAUCUUUUAAAAACUUUCGCAUUAAUAUGGGAGGUUCAUUAGCGGAUUAAAAAAGUAACUACUCUGUCUCUUUUGUGAGAUUUCGGAUGGAAAGUUGGAAAUAUACAAACUAUGGAAUUAUUUUGACCCUAUACUAUUUAUAACACUAAAUGAACGAAUUAAAAAAUUAUUGAUGUA